UUUCAAUCAUUUCCCUUGCAUCUAACCUCAACUUCAACAAUUAAACUCCUUUGAGUUUCAAUAAUUCACCCCCCCAAAACCCAAAACCCAAAACCUUUCCCUAUUUAUUUUCAUCUUAGUUUUCAUAUUCCUAGCUAGCUAGCACCAUAUAUUAUAUCAUAUUAUAUAUCUGCACAUACUUUCGUCUUUAUAAUAUAUAUAAUAAUGGGUGUUGUACGGACGUGGGAGAGCCGGAGGGCGGAGCUGGAGGCCUUCCGCCGGAGCCUGGUGGCGGCCGCCGCCAUCCAUCGGCGGAAAGACGAUGAGGGGCGGAGAACCGACAACUUUGUUUCCUCUUAUGAGCAUGAUGAUGAAAAGGGUACCCUAAUCUGUGUCACUAGUGGUGUUUCCUACUUUGGUCUUGCCUUGGUCAACCACCUCUUGCUCUUAGGUUACUCUCUUCGAAUCACUGUUGACAACCCAGAGGACAUAGAGAAGCUGAGGGAAAUGGAGAGGCGUGGUGAAGUGAGGGCUACAGAAGGAAAUUUGAAAGUAAUAAUGGCAAACCUAACUGAUGUUGAUGGGUUGGAGAAAGCAUUUCAGGGCUGUCGUGGUGUGUUUCACACCUCUGCAUUCACAGACCCUGCUGGUCUAUCUGGCUACACAAAAUCCAUGGCCGAGAUUGAAGUAAGGGCUGCUGAGAAUGUGAUGGAAGCAUGUGCAAGAACACCUUCCAUAACAAGAUGCGUGUUCACAUCAUCACUAUCAGCUUGUGUAUGGCAAGACAAUGCACAAUCAGAACUUUCCUCAGUUAUUAGUCAUGGGUCUUGGAGCACUGAAUCAUUCUGCACAGAAAAGAAGCUUUGGUAUGCUUUAGGCAAGAUGAGAGCAGAGAAGGCUGCUUGGAGAAUAUCUGAUGAAAGGGGUUUGAAGCUCACUACUAUUUGUCCAGCUCUAAUUACAGGUCCUGAAUUUUGUAACAGGAAUCCAACAGCAACAAUUGCUUAUCUCAAAGGUGCCCAAGAAAUGUACUCUCGUCGUUUGCUAGCAACAGUUGAUGUGACCAAAUUGGCUGAAGCUCAUGCAAGCGUAUUCAAGGAAAUGAACAACAAUGCAUCUGGUAGAUACAUUUGCUUUGACCAUGUAAUUGAUACACAUAGUGAGGCAGAGAAGCUGGCAAAGGAUAUUGGGAUGCCUGAGGAAAAGAUAUGUGGAGAUGCAUCAAACAAUUCUAUUAUAAAUAGAUUUGAACUGUCUAAUGAGAAGUUAUGCAGACUCAUGUCAAGGCGACUCAGGUGUUACAGUGAAUAUUAGAUGAAAAUCAUGUUAUGCUUGGCUUAUUUAAAGACGUGCCUUAGGCUUAGGAGUCUAGAAGAGAAAAUAGACGAGGCAUGUUUAAUAGUUUGUUUAGUAAUUUGUAAUGCCUGUAUGUUAUGGUUUAAUUAUAGUAUAUAAUUUAUUCAAUUUUGGUACCAAA